AUUCGAAAGGGGGCGGAUCCCUCAACGUCUCGAAGGAAUCGACGUUGAGAGACGAACAAAGGAUCCUAAGCGAGACGGGAGAUUUGCCGACCGACAAGGAAGGAGGGUCGUUGCGGAGGAAGAACGCCCUUCGACUCGUUACGAGGAGUUAACACAUCAACUCCGCCUGAAUUUUUCCUUCAAAUGGGACGUGCAACCACGAGAUGUUGGGCUUUUCGGUCGCUCGCCGUGAGCGCUUCUCGAUUUAUCUUUGCGACCAAUGAGAAACUUCCGUAGAACCAACCCGGUCGCCUUAAAGUCUGAAGACGCGAGUCAAGUCACGAGAGUUAUGUUGACGAAGAUGCAAGUAAAUGGAGAUAGUGGCUAGUGAUAAAAGAAGAAAUUGGUUUUCAGGGAACCACGUGGAUUUGGGUUAUUUUCAAUAUGUUGAUCCAGCUGAAGCCAAGUAUCAAAUGGACAGGCAAAUUCUUCUUGGUCAGGAAUUAACUGUUGUAUUUGCAGAGGACAACAGAAAAAAAGCCCUCCGAGAUGAGGGCAAGAGAAGGAAGGAGUUCAUACUGAUACAUUCACCAUCACCACUAAUAUUGGUUAUCCAAAAUAUAACGGCCAUGUGUAUGACCACUGAAGAACACCACGUCGCUCCCUCUCACCUCGCUAUUCUCGCUCCCGUUCUCACUCACAGCAAUAUUCGCACCCUCCAUGCGGUGUUAGGUCAUGUUCGAGAAACCUUCUCCGCAAAGGAGGCACCACUCCUAGGUAACAUCUAG